UGCUAUUUCCUUUCUUUCCUAUAUUUCCUUGCUGGAUCUGCUAUUUCCGAUGCAUAGCGACAGCUUACAUCCGCUCCGACGGAGCACAUCCUAUUCUGCUGGCUCCGCGGGAGCUUCCCCUUCUUCUUGUUCACCUUCAGUUUAGUACGCCAUGCUCAUAGCAUAGGGACGCAACACAAGCAACACAAGCAACACAAGCAAUGGACGUUCUGAGGCACUCACCGAGAGCCGGCUGCGGAGCAGCUGCAAUGGCAGCGGCUGCCAAGUGCACAUAUUCUGGUUUAGUACGGCAACACGAGCAAUGGACUUUGUGAGGCAUUCACCUGGGGCGGGCUGCUGAGCAGCUUCGAGUCCAAAAAAUUGGGUUAGUGUUAAGCUUGGGUAUGUAUAAGACACGGCCCUUCCCAACUGGCAACCCAAACUGAGGCGGAGGGGGUGAGACCAGAUUAAUCGGCGCCACUCCGGGUCCGACCAUAUUCAACGGCGACGGUCCUUGUGAAUAUACGAAGUCCCAACGCUGAUUGAUCAGCCACCGUGCGAGGGUGGAGGAGAAUGCUGGGACGUUAUCUUUUCCGCCUGCCCGACGAACGGCGUCGUCGCCAGUUAUGGUCAAAUUCACCACGAACUGUUGGGGUCCGCCCGCAACCGCGGGCGAGAGGGACGCGGUCGCGGAAAGAAACGACGCCGUUCGGUGUCGUUCCAAUACCAUAGUUCUUGCUGGCUGUGGCGGCGGAGCCGCAAAAGUCAAAUUGACUGGAUCGACGUUAGGCGGGCCACCCAACUUUAUCGAGACGUACGCUGGUCGCCCUUCCUCUGGCGGCUGCGUACGCAGCGCGAAACGAUGUGUAGUUCCCAGCCAAAGCUGCGUGCGCGGCUGCCCAUUGGUCGUAGUCAGCAGAAUCAUCUAUGUAUUGCGCUGCGCGGGCAGCGGUUGGUAAAGGAUGAUGGUUUUGAUUCCUGGCAAAAUGCCAGAACACAGUGAAUGAGUAGCCUUGUUACCCUCAUUGAGGACAGAAUGCGACCUACCGAGCCAGAUAUCGUGCAUUUUGUUAGUGAAAAGUAGGUUUUGUGGUUUUGGCAAGUUUUCGCCGGUAAGUUAAAUUUGACGCCCGCGCGGUUAAAAGACCCUAUUGCCAUGGCAACAAAAUAAACUUCGCAGAUCACCUUACUAAAGGCGCAAAGCGUGGCUAGCUGAUUAUUCGCGAUCGGAAACAUACGAAAAUUUCCAUCGAAAUUCUUUUAAUGUAUAACAACCCAAAAACAAUGCAAAACGACGGCACUGAGAUUACCGAGCAGCAUCCUUCUCCGGGAACCUUCCCGUCUAGUAACAGUUUCGAUGCUGCUGGAUCCCGGCAAGUGGAUUUGGAUGAUAACAGCAUCAAUGUGUUUCGUGACGUGAAAGCGUUAUUUUCCCCUAUCGAAAGCGGCAAUGCCGCCGGAAUGUUGAAGACAGGUAUGGCGGUUUUAGCCGCGGUCGCCACCAGCGGUCUCAAGUACGGUUCGUGGCUGUUGUCCCCAGAAAGCAAUACUUGCCUGGCAAAACUCGACCCGGAGAUCGUGGGACCGGGUCCCGAAUUCCGUCUGGACUUGAGAAACAUGGAAGCGUCUACGUCCGUCAGCCAAGAUGCGGAGCAGUCUGAAACGCAUGAGGCGGUACGUCCGCUGCGCAAGCGGUCGGUAGCUAAUUAUGAAGAUUCGCAGGCGAAGAGGCCGCGACGUCGGAGACAGCAACAGCACCAGGGGACAGAGGCUUCGCCUAGCCCAGAGGCGUCCGCCCCUGAGCGUCCAAACCGCAGAUCUGGUAAACGUGCUGCUGCUCCGCAGCGAGAACCGGAACUGUCGCCAGCUGAAGUGAUGCUAAAGAAGUUUGCGGAAGUGAAUCGUGAAUCCUUUGAGGAGUCACUCACCGCUGUCAAGCGCAUUAAAAAGCCACCUGUCUGCAAGCUGAACCGUCAGCAGCAAGAGGAGUUGGAAGCACGUGUGGCCAAGGAACUCGGCCCUAGUUCGCCUGAGUUUACUCAGGCCAUUUACAAUCUGACAUAUGCCAUGGGGGAAUAUGACAAUUCUCUUGCUGUAUUGGCAGCUGCUGAAUCUUUCGCAAAUUUGCGAUCGGCCUGCGUUUAUGCGGCGUUCCAUCAUGCCUCAUUGGCACUGUACGACUUUUAUAACAAAACUGGAUGGCCCAAAGGCCUCGGGCCCAGAACAUCCCCAAGGAUCGAGAAGCCGCGACCGUCAGAGACAUACCCCGAUGAGGCUCUUCAUAUGAGGUGCUGGCGCCAAAGGGUGCUGAAAAUCGUAGAUAAAUUCAACUCUUUUGUGAAAUGGGCCGUCAGUGGAGGAAAGUUACCCCUGAGUAAAGUUGUCAUGUCUGGCGAGUUCCUCGCCCAUUUGGCGGCCCUUGUGGGCCCUGGCGUUCUGAUAUAUCAAAACGGGAGCGAGUUUUCCCAUAGAGCGUUUCAGAGAAUGGGAAAGCACGAGCAGGUCAAGCUCCUGUCGCAGCUGAAAGAUAAUGCGGAACCGAAGGAAACCGCAAGGCGUGCGUUGGGAAGCCCCGAUGUCCUCAAAUUACUCUCCCCGCUCUGGGGUCGUUUCCCGGGUAAAGACAUCCCGCUCGAACAAUUCCUAGAGCGGGUGUCCCGCAUGAGCCUGCCGAGGCCAAAGAACCAAAAGCCAAAAACCGCGCUGCCCAGCAGCAAUGACAAUGUCGAUAACAGCCGGAGUGAUAAUAUGGAACCGUCGUCACACGACGCUGACUCCUCGUAUGAACAAGAUGAAGUGGAAGAAGAAAAUGAUACAUAUGAGAACAAGAGCGAUGAGGAGUCGGAAUCCAAUGCCGCUAAUGAGUCGGAAUCCAAUACCGCUACUGAGUCGGAAUAUAGCGUCAAUGACGACAUUGAAGGCCCAUCUGCCGCUUCGUAAGAAGCCACACCCAUUUGAGCGGCAUGUCUAUCAGAUGGAGGUUGUUGAUGAUUGCAAACGCUAACAUAUCCUUGUGGAUGCUACGGCGUUUUUGAAAAAUUGCUUUUUGUCAGCAUUUCUGUAUAUUUGUAUUUAGUAAAUUUGGGAGUGUUGUCUCCUUCGUAAAUAUAACCUCUUGCAAGUUAGUCAAUGAGUUAUUGGCAAGACCACAACGGUUCUGAAAAGCCCUGGAUCGCU